CUCUGGUUGUGAUAUAAAGGCAUAAAUUAAGUCAUGGCUAAGCAGUUAUCAUUAGGUAUACUUAACAAGAACGACGGUUAGAUUCAUUUUUAUUAUUUUAUUAAUAAUAUAAAAAUGGGUAUAAACAAUAGUAUAAGUUUUUAUCUUUGCAUCGCUGUUUAUAUUACAAUCACUUCAGCAGGACAUCGCAGUAUAUUUAGCUUAGACAAAAGUUGGAUUUGUGAUAUUAAAAAAACCUGCGUAGAUUGUCUUUGUUUGUCACAGUGUUCCUGGUGUAGUUCGGCGAAUAAGUGUUUCUCUGAAAAAUUACCACAUUACAAAAAUUACUGUCAGGGAGACAGGAUUCGGACCGUUAACCAUGGAAUGAGCUUGGAAGAUAGCGCAAUAUGCGCCUGCGAUACAAACCAUUUAGCCGUUGCGAAAAAUUGCCAGCAUCCGGCUGAGACCAAUACUGAAUGCUCUGGACGUGGAACAUGUCUAUGCGGCAGGUGCUUUUGCGAUGAACACCCCGAUCCGCAAAGUCCGAGCAAGAUGAUCAUGGGUGAAUAUUGUGAGUAUGACAACUUUUCGUGCAACGACACCAAGUGCAAUGAAGGCCCCUACAACAUAUAUGAACUGCAAAGUUACGAGGAAAACUUCAAAUAUAGUGCGGACAAAACGGGGACUAGAUAACCACCGUAUUAACCGACUUAGCUUUAUAAUUUAGUAAGCUGUUUUACUUUUUAUGUACAAAAUAAUUCAUGAUAUUGUGUAAUAAAAAUAUAUACAAUUGUAACUAACAAAAACUCGGUGUUUCAGUACAACUUUACCAGAUGUAGAUAGAUAGGAAGGCAUACCUACCACACAUUUUGUUUCUCAGAAAAUAAGUAACUUCUGGCGGCAAUGGGAUCUU